AUUAAAGUGACCUGGGCUAAUCAUCCAAUUAUGUAAAUAGGAGGAUCCCCCGUAAGGUGCAAAUCUUUUUUCUCAUCCUUCACCCACCGGGACUCAUAUUCUUUUGCAUUUUCCUCGUACUAUUUCAUCAUGAAGUUCUCGCGUAUUGCUUUGCCAGCUUUGGCUAUUUUCGUUUCUCAUGUAUCGGCCGCUCCUACUGGACCUCAAGACGACGUAAUUAUCUCAUGGUAGCCUUGUAAAGAAAGAGAACUGAUUCUGUUGUAGUGCCCUAUUGAAACUAGAGCGGAAGGAGUCGAUGUUGACGUGGUGGUAAUUGGAGGAGGUAGUGCUGGUAUUCAUGCUGCCAUUCGGCUUAAGGAUGCGGGGGCAAAGGUCCUCGUCAUCGAGAAGAAGAACCAAAUCGGUGGUCGUAAGUGCAUCUUCUCCUUUGAGAACUAUCAGUCACGACAAUUCUAAUUCGCUCACAGACGCCGAGACAUACAUUAACCCCAACACCAAUUUCCCUGCCAACGUUGGUGUCAUAAUCUUCGAGAAUACGACAACCGUCAGCAGCUACUUUGAUCGCCUAGGGGUUGAGAAACAAUUCUUCAACCCAGUAUUAGAUGUUCCAGCCGGCACACCCCCCGCUCAGAGCUUCGAUUUGUCCGUUGGAGUCCCUAUCCCAGCUCAAACUCCUGAGCAAACCAGCGCUGGACAAUUCCAAUUGUUGUCCGGUAUCCAGAACUACACCGCCAACGUUCUGGCCAAGUACCCUUGGAUUGACGACGGAUACCUCAUCCCUGAGCCCGUCGAAGCCGAGCUCUUGAUCCCAUUUGGAGAGUAUGCUGUCAAGUAUGGCUUUGCCCCUCUCCUCCCCAUCAUCGCCCAAUUCAACUGGUACACCGGUGAUGUCUCCGCUAUUCCCGCGAUCUACGGUAUCAAGGGUCUUGGUCCUGGACUUAUUGGCAGUUUCUUGGGCAAAUUCAUCAGACCCUCCUCAGGCGACACUCGAAGUCUCUACGUUGCAGCCCAAGAGGCGCUCGGCGACAGUAUCCUGCUUGAAUCAACCGCUACCGAUGUGAAGCGUGAAGCUACUCUCCCUGAUGGCACAACUGGCGUCACUCUGACUGUCCAGAAGAAUGGCGAGGCAACUGCCGUCCGGGCAAAGAAGUUGAUUGUCGCCAUCCCCCAGACCAUCGCCAACAUUGGCGAAUAUGACCUUACUGCCGAUGAGAAGACCCUCUUUGGUAGCUUCAGCGCUCUGGGAUACUACGUCGGUAUCGUCACCAUUGCAGGAUUGAACAGCAGCAUCACCAAUGUUGGCCUUUCAACUCCUUUCAACCAACCUGUCAUCCCAGGUAGCAGUGGACUCCAAAAGCAGUCAGCCAGCGAUUUCAUCUUCUCAUUGGGUUUCGACGACCUCAACUACGAUGAUGCCAGGGCCAAGUCCAUUGUCCAAGAGGAACUCAAGAAUCUUGAGGCCGCUGGUGCCGUUGCUGCAGGUGCCUCUCAGGUCGCCACUUUCCCAUACUCCUCCGACCACGGACCAUUCAACUUGCGUGUCUCUACCGAUGAAAUCAAUAAGGGUUUCUACAGCAAGAUUGAGAAGGCUCAAGGAACCCGAAACACCUACUGGGCCGGAGCUGCAUUUGCUGGUCACAACAGUGGAUUGGUAUGGAAGUACAGCGAGCACAGUGUCCUUCCAGCUUUGAAGAAGGACCUUGGUCUCGCAUAGGUUUUCGUGUUCUGAUUAUAUUUUCUUGGGUUAUCUAUAUCAUUGCAUAUAUUGAUGCCAGUAAACAAAAUUUUGCAUAACAUCCCUAGGAAUCUUAAAAUAAUUCAUGACGAUACUUGUACAAUAAAACCAAUACAUACUGUACUUCAGAAAAACAAAAU